GCUCAUCAACAAUCAGUCAGUUAGCAGCACACACGAACCUGUGGCUCCCUUGCAGCCUCCAUAAUCAACAUAUCCCAACAACGGCUUCUGCCACCAGAACUCCACGGGGCUGCGUACGGUUCAUCAGAUACCGUACCGUAGUCACCACCGCAACCCGCCAUCCAACACUCCCUCCAUGGACCGACGCCGCUCGACUCGAUUAGGAUCGUCUCGUUUUCGCGGAACAAAGUUCAACUGAUCCAGGGUUCCCUGGGCUGGGAUAUCUAGCUCUGGGAGUACUGAAUACACAAGGGAGGAAGACAGGAGGCCGCGCAACGCGACGGAGGGACGAUACGCUGCAGGAAAGAAAACUUGUGAAGAAGACUGGGAGGAAGUUACAGAGUGUGUCUAUGCAUUAACUGGCAUAGAAGCAUGGAACCAAAUGUUAAGAAAAUCGGGGAUGGUGUGAGGAACUUGAAACAUCUCGAAGAUGUUAUAGUUGUGACCCUCUCAAAUGAGACUGCGACUAUUCCGGAUCUUCUCUCACGGCUGUCAGCCUGCCAUUCUGCUUGGUCCGAUGCUCUUAGUCACAAUGUGGACCUUGCCCUUGAUGAGGUGUCUCAUGCACGACUCUGGGAAGUGCACUCAAAGGUUAAUAAGGGCUUCCGUGGGUGGUUGAAGUCCGUGAGUAGUCGUUCGGCGAAGAACAAAGUCGUAGAACAACGGAAACUAUUCACGAGCUAUGUUGAGUUCAUCAAGGAAUGUCAGCGCUUCUACCGGAACUAUAUCCUUUUACUGGAUGACGCAUGUGGUGGUAUUUCCGAGUUGAAGGAUGUGGUGGCUACUUGGAAGCGGCACCACCACCCUGCGGGACCCGCAUUGAACAUUCCGCUCGAACUACAGCCGCAUGCCUUGCGCACUGCACACCUUUCGCUCAUCCACCUCGGCGACCUCUCCCGCUAUCGUGCUAGCUCCACGCCUGCAAAAGAGCGCAAGUGGGAACCGGCCGUUGGCUACUACACCCGCGCUUCCUCUCUGAUGCCAUCCGAAGCCCAUGCCCAUAAUGGUCUCGCCGCUAUCGCUUACGAGGAGCAAGAUCACUUCCGCGCAGUCUACCACCUGUUCCGUACAUUGACGGUGGAGCAUUCGGUGGGGACAGGAAAUCUUGAGAAAGAGUUGAGAAGGAUCGAGCUGGCUCAUGGCCGCGGGGAAUUAAUGGCCGGUGGAAAGGGUGAUGGCAAAGAAGGAAAGGAAAUCAAGGCUCUGCUCGCUUGGUUCUUGAGGUUGCAGGCGGGCUAUUACUCGGCCGAGGAGUUUCCGCAGAGAGAGGCGCUGGAGAGGGAGGUACUCAGCCAGCUUAAGAUUCAGGUGAAGAAAAGGCCGGUGGAGAGCACGCUGUUCAAAGUCGUGGUGAUCAAUCUGGCGGCGGAACACGUUGCGACCGAGAGGUUGCGAGCCCUGGGUGCGUCAGCGACCGAUAAUCACCGCCAGUCUGUCUUGCACCUCAUCCGGUUCAACAUUUGCACUUUCACACUUCUGCUCGAGCUGCUUCGCGAUGAAUUGGAUCGGGUCAAGGGCGAGGAUGUCAAAUCAGGAGCUCCCUCCGGCACUUCAAGGCGCUCACUCGCCGAUAGGCUCAGCAGUCUUUCCCGUCGCGUGCUUGCACUCCUCCACCUUUAUUCCGCCUGGUUCUCCAUGAAAUGGUCGAUUCUGCCCCAGCUUCCCGAUCCAUUUCUGGUUGCGAAGUCCCGCGAAUUGUGGGCUGUAUACGCAGCGACGCUGACCGCGAUUGCGAAGCAGUUUCCUGCACCGGAAUUGCCAGCAGCCGAAUAUCUGCUGCAGGAGGAGGCGGAUUUGGUUGGUUUUGUCCCGUUCGCUGAAAGCUCGAGCAGAAUUUGGGAGAAAGAUGGAGUCAAAAAGCCAAGGAAAAGUGACUCAGAUAAAGGGCUCGGAGCGGAUGGCGAGAUGCUUGCUCGACUGCGAGAGAUCUUGGUGAGCGGACUGGAGUUGAUGGUAUCGGAGGGUUCUCCGUUGGAGUUAGAUAAUGAUGGCCAAUUCCUCUAUAAAUCUGCCGACGGACUGGAUAACAUGCUCCCUGCGCCGAUCCAUGAACCAGAGCCACCGAAAACAUCGAAGGCUGACGUUACCAACCCCUCGAGACGAGACACCUCGAAACGAGUAGCACCCUCCGAGUCUGGCUCAGUUGUCACAGUCACCAAGGAUGCUUACAUGACGCGAAUGGUCCACAACCUUGUUGAUGAUGAAGACCCAGUCAACCCCCCGCCUACCAAUGUGCCCCCUCUGACGAAGCCAUUACCGUCAGCUCACCAAUCCUUCGAGAACUCCCCUUUCCAAAGCACAGCACAGUUCGGAGCGCUCCCUGCGAAUGCGCCAUUCCGGGUCUCCGAUCUGGUUGACAGCAUUACUUCUCGCAACAGAGCUCCAUCUGGCACUCAAGCCUACUCAUUAUCUUUCUCACCAGGUCUCGGCACGACACCACACAAUGGCUCUCCUGUCGUCCCGUCCGCUCGACAGCUCGGCGCCUCACCAUUCCAACGCCCCUCCUCCUCCUUCUCCUUCUCCAACGAACGAGCCGCCGAAAUCUGGGGCACUCCCGCUGGCAUCGGCAGUCCGAUUCACAGCCGUGUCCCCGCCCCGACCGCCACCGGCCGCAGCUCCCUCAGCCUCCACGACUCCUUCGACCAACUCGACCUCUCCCCCUCCCUCCGCGAUCUCCCCAUUUCCAACUACCGAUCCCCGCCCCGAGGGCGCGCGCAGCCGCACUACGCCCCGGCGCACUCCCGCAACGACUCGCGCGACUCGACCGGCUCGGCGUUGCUGCUCCAGGAAAACACUUGGAAUUAUGCGGUAACGCCGGCGCCGAUGCUUGGGACGACGGGGAGUCCGAGGGGGUGGGGAGGGAACGGAGGGUGGGGUGGGCAGAUGGGCGGGAAUGAGAACGGACACGUUGGGGAGAACGGACACCCUAGUGGGAGCGGGUGGGGUGGACAGCCCCGGCUGAGCCCGAAUACAGGAGCUUAUGGACAGGGACUUGGCGUCAAUGGAAGUGGUGCGUUGGAUGGGCAGAUGAGUCGGAGUUGGAGUGGACAUGGGGCGGUGGGCAGCGGAAUGGGACAUGGAGGGUGAGGGAGAUCUCGGAUAUGGGGGAUUUCGAUCAACCACCAAAUGCCAAAGCGGCAACGCUGCUGCAAUCCGCGGCAGUUGCGUGGACCUCCUCACUGCGAGUGAUGAGCUUUCCGUAGGGUCGGCAAUUUGCGCUUCCAGCACCCUGUACCCGACGGCACGCCCGUUUGCCGGUUCCAGGUUGCAUUUCUGAGAUGGAAAGGUGGGAAGGAGGAGGUCCAGGUUCCAGACGAACCGGUUUGUUGUUGGGCGCUAAAUUGUCGACUGCCCGUCACUUAGUUCGAGGGUGCACUUGCUAUAUUUGCAAGGUGGACUUCAAAUUGCAUUCCAAGUGUCCUCUACUUUUCUCGUCAAGGUAGUCAAAUACAUUAUCGUGCAACCCGUCCCUCAU